AAAGGCAAGGGGGAAAGAAGGAAGCGAGAGGAGGAGUGAUAAAAGCCAGCUUUAUCAGCCUGACAAGUGGAUACGAUAUUUGAUUCCGGGACUAUUUUUUUUUCUUCUUCUUCUUCAUAUUUUCCAGACUGGGAAUUUAUCGAUUUGUCACAUGCGCACGCCUCUUCAUUAUAAUUGCAGACAGUUGGGUGCUGUUCAGGCUGAAUGGACUUGAGUGUGCCGCUGCCAGCUUAAUCCGUGCAGACUGGAAGAUUUAAUAAUUCACGGUAAUCACGCAUUAUCGCCUCAGUGGAUGCUCUCUACACAGCCCCGGUGAUUUUUUUUUCACCCCCUCUCUCUCCAUUCUUCCUGUUGUCUUCUGGAGGAUUUAUCGACGGCUGCUUUGCCAAUAUGCUCUUUAUCUGAGAUAUCAUCUGUUGCUGCAACUGGAUUGAAAUGCCCCCAUGACUGGCUCAGACACGCGUUUCAGUCUGACUGACUUGAGGUGAUGUGGGCUGAAUGAGACGCGUUUUAAUCAACAUUUGAUAUUUAACACCAGGUAAAAUGGACGAGAAAUUACUAUUACUUUUAUUACUUCUCUUAUCUCUCCACGUGAGGCUGUGAUUUCGCUUUUAUUCACCAUGCUCAUUCUACACAUCUGAAUUGCCUCUUAUUGAUCCAGACUGGGAGCGUAAUAGCAGAAAUAAGGCGAAUUACAACGUGAAUUUCACGUGAAUUAUUCCGAAGAUAGUGGGAUACUGGCCCCGUGGAGGUAUUUCCCUCCUUUGCUCUUCCUUUGAUUUAUUCCCUUUUUCAACUGAAGGGUAAAUGUUGAUGAUGGAGGACGACGAGCUGGACGCUCAUCAGGUUGACUCGGAUUUCGAGCCGCAGAGCCGGCCUCGCUCGUGCACCUGGCCGCUGCCAUGCCCGGAGGAUUUCCCCGGUGGACACGAGGUCAGUGGGGGUCUCCCGCUGGUCAACAUCAAGGUGGAACCGGAGGACAUCCCGGCUUGCAGAGCGGGGCUCGUAGGUGGAACGCCGGGAGAGCUGAAGCAUCCAGCCGGCGCCCCGGCACCCACAGGCGCGACGCACCCAUGCCUGGCUGGCGCGGCGCUCGAUGUCACCGGACCGCUGCGCAAAGCCAAAUCCUCGCGGCGGAACGCGUGGGGGAACCAGUCCUACGCGGAUCUCAUUACCCGCGCCAUUGAGAGCACCCCUGAAAAGAGACUCACGCUGUCACAGAUCUACGACUGGAUGGUCCGUUAUGUGCCCUAUUUCAAGGAUAAGGGCGACAGUAACAGCUCAGCUGGCUGGAAGAACUCCAUCCGGCACAAUUUAUCCCUCCACACACGGUUCAUCAGGGUGCAGAAUGAGGGAACAGGGAAAAGUUCCUGGUGGAUGCUGAACCCAGAUGGUGGCAAGAUGGGGAAGGCCCCCCGACGGCGAGCUGUCUCCAUGGACAACAGCACUAAAUAUCUAAAAAGCAAAGGCCGCAUCAGAGGCAAGAGGGUCGGGCGUCCUGGGAUAGGAGCAGCGUCUGCCGGGGUGGGGCUCCAGGGCUCCCCCGAACAUGGCAGCCCACCACGGAAAUGCCUCCCAGGAUCUGGGGCUGCAUCUGUGACAGAUGGAGAGUUUGAUGCUUGGACAGACCUCCAUUCCAGAGCGAGUUCUUCAGCCUCUACCCUGAGUGGGCGUCUGUCACCUAUCCUUGCUGAGAGAGAGCCAGAAGAACCAGAGGAAGGCGGCCUGUCUUGUUCCACCUCCCCUCACCUAUACCCCUCACCAACCAGUGCCCGCUCUCCAUCAAUGGGGACAGGGAAUCGCUGUCCCCCCUUAGAGCAGCUCCCUCAGCUGGCUAGCCUGACAGGUGCCAUCAGUUUGGAUGAGCAGCUGAUGGAGGAUGGUUAUCAUCACCAACACCCACCACAACAUCAGCAGCAUCCGGCGAUUGGAAGACACAAGCAUCAAACUCCUGUCUACCAUUACAGCUCUGGAGUUAAAGGGCAGAGCACCUAUGGUGCAGGCGUCUAUGGUACAACAGGCAUCGGGAUGCUGUGCCACCACUCACCCAUGCAGACCAUUCAGGAGAAUAAGCCAACCAGUUUCUCUGGAACCAUGCGGGCAUACUCCAGCACCAAUGCUCUGCAAAGUCUGCUGACAGGAUCAGCAGCAGGGCGGCAGUACUGUUCCAAGGACAUGAUGCUGGGACAGGAAAGGGACAGCCAUCCUAUGAUGGGUCAAGCUAGUAACGGAGUAGGCUCCAACCAUCACAGCCACCACCCUGGCCAUCACAACGGCCACAGCCACAAUGGACCUCACACUCACAACAAUUCAGCUCACAGCCAUAACAGAACUCACAGUCAUAGUCGUAGUCACAACAAUGUAACCAACCACAACCACAACUCACCUCACAGCCUCACCCAGAACAGUCACAACCUCAGUCAGAGCCAUAACAACACACCUCCCCGGGCUGCGGCCUUGACUCCACGUUGCAACAGUAAUCAGCUGCAGACCUACAACCACAAAGCCCCCUACCUGUACAGUCCACAAUCACAUGCCCAUCUCCCUGCCUCCACUACCCUUCCACCAAAUCCAGCAGGUAUGCUUGGCAUCCCUCAGGACUCCUGCCAUGUGGCCACUGCCCCGCACCCACGUCACAAUCAUUAUACUGACCAACAACACCAAGCCAUGACAAAUGGACCAUACCAUCAUGGCCAGGGCAUAGGGAAUGGCAGUGCUGGUGGCAACUACCAUGGCUAUCACCAACCUCACCCCCAUGAGAGACUACCAGCUGACCUGGACAUUGACAUGUUCCACGGAAGCUUGGACUGUGAUGUGGAGUCCAUCCUCCUCCAUGACAUUAUGGACUCUGGGGAGGAGAUGGACUUUAACUUUGACUGCUCCUUAGCCCAGGGGGUGGGCAUUGGCAUGGGUAUGGGAAUGGGUGUGACCAUGGGCAUGGGGAUGAACGGUCUGACUGGUCCACAGCAAGCCCACAGCAACCAGAGCUGGGUGCCUGGUUGAAGUCGAAAUCAACACAUCCUCCUCUCUGAAAGAACUACCCUACCCAUGAAGCACUGUGCUCAACUGUGACAUUCCUGACUUGACACAGAGACUAAAGGACCAACACUCCCAUCUCUCUUUGUUGUCUUGACAACUCUUCUGUCUCCCUAUUCUCUUUUGAUUUCCCUUCCCCCCGAGAGCUCUAACUCAUGUCACAUUAGGUUUUUAUUCAUAUCAGCUAUACUGUGAUGACAAUCUCUCAGCUGUGCUUGCCCAACAUCGCUUCUCAUCUACCAUGAGAACUGAACUCUCAAUGCACUUUAUUGCAAGUGGGUCACAUCUCUCAGUGCAAGGCGUUCACAGAGCAGCUCUGGCAGAACUUGGCAUGUUUUUUAAGGUGGCUGAAGGAUCUGACAGAAACAAAUGAGGCAUUUGCAGGCUGUGAUGAUAAAGUGUCAGAUCUCCGCAUUGAAUUAAAGCUUUUUUGUGUGAGCUGAUGUUGGUGGGUGAGGACAAUCCUUUAUUGCAAAGCCUUUCUUGAUUCAUGUCUCAUUCUUUGGUUUUACAAAUUAAGCAUGUAAUCAGUACCUUAGACACUGCCAAUUACCCAAACUCACCAAUCACAUUUCAAAUGUGGAUCCAUAUAGUGCUGUUAAAUCAAACACUUUGAUUCCAUUGGUAAUAGUGUGCUUAAACAUGAUACUGACUAUUUUGGUGAUGAUAACUCCACAUUACCUUACAGCGGUGGUUCAUUUAUUUCAAGAGGAUCUUCUUGUGGACCUCUAUGGUGGGGCCUUUUGGGGUCAUCUGUUGCAGACCUCUAAAUGGGGUGACCCUGACCGUGAGGCUGUCAGAGGUUUUCACAACAGCAGAGUUUACUUAAGAUAAAAAAAUUCACUGAGGGGGAUAAAUUAAAAUUUAACCCACAGCAAACUAAGGAAAACCCCAAACAGGGCUUGGGUUAGGCACCUGAACCCUAAAGCUUAGGGUUAGGUUAAAGGGCAGGGGAGAGGGAUUAAAUUGAAAACAACAUGCAGCAAACUAAGGAAAAAUCCAAACAGGGUUAGGGUUAGGCACCUGAACCCUAAAGGUGAGGAUAAGGUUAAAGGGCAGGGGAGGGGGGAUAGAAAUAAGAUUAAAAAACAGCAAACCCAACAAGAGUUAGUACUUCCUGCCCCACAUUCAAGGUGGCCCCAUUAUAGAGGUCUGCAACAGACAAGCCCAAAACACCCCACCAUAGAGGUCUGCAGCCAAAUGCCUCUCAUUUAUUUACAGCUUUGUGUAUGUUGUCCUUGUCGCUUUGACCUAUCUGGUUCUAACAAUUUUGUUAAUGCCCUUUCGCCAUUGGUUCCAGAGUAUUUUCAGUGCAUCAUUAAAUGGAUUCUAUCAUUACUGGGGAGCAUGCAAUUUGGUGAAUUAAAAUGUCAUAUCACCUUGUCUCACCUGGGCCAUUCAUGCCAGUUUCUCCCUCUCCUUCUCAAAGUCUCCCCCUCUCUCUUUCUCUCUCUCUCUGCCUGCCAGUGGAGACAAAGUGACCAUUCCUCACACCGAGCCAUUAAUGUGGGCUUGAUUGAAAUUCAGCAUCUUGCUUUUAAUCUCCAAAGUGAUGCGGCAGCGAUGCGUCAUUAUUGAGACUCGUGCGCAUUGUCCUCCCAUCUCUCACCCGGGGCCGUCUGGGGCUGCCGCUCACCUCGCCAACUUAAUGUGCCAGGAAAGCGAGACAAAACUGUGAUUUACGCCGAGUCACUCUGCCUGCUGUCUUGCUCUGAGAAGGGCCAAUGUCACUGUCCACUUGCCUGCUCACAGAGGGUAAGAAAAGGAUAUGAAAGUUGCAGUGGGAUCACUCCACAGCCUCAGUUUCCAUUCUCUUUGGUUGUGUGUGUCUGAAAACAGCUAGUGUAUUUGUGUUGUAAAACAUCUCCAUUAUAUGCAUUUUGUGUUCCCUUGCUCCCGUGUGUUACCCUGAGCUUCAAAUACUCAAAUAGGUGCAAAGGGAGAGGUUUAAGGAAAAACAAUCAAUCAGUCUCAGUGGCAUGAGUCAAAGUCAAAAAGGAUUGUAAUGCCCCACAGCCAUCAACAUCCACUUUUUGUGUGUUUAUUCUGUUGUCUUGUAGUUGUUGUUGUGUUGUUGAAAUUCUAAGGACCAACGAGGCCAGCCCUGAGACAUCCAUAGUGUACGGAUUGUUUCAAUGGUGAAAUGAUGUUGGUUGUGCAGUAUGACCUUCCUACACUCCGAUACCGUGCACCCCUCCCACAUGUGCUCUGCUCGGUUGUCUCUGUGUUUGUGAGUGGGGGAGUCAGAAGCUUGCUUCUCACUGGCCUUGGGAGAGAAAAAAAGAGGACACCCCUAUUCUCUAGCUCCCUCAAGGAGACUCUGUGUGCUUGGGCUGUACCAAGUGCAGCACACAAAGGUAAAAGAGGGAUGGAGGUAAGGGUAAGGUUGGGGGUAAUUAUUACAGCCAAAGGUCAAGCACGUUACAGACUAUCAGUCCCAUUAUUGAGGUAAAUACCUUUAUUUCAGGGCUUUUGGCCAUGCCGGUUCCAGUUAAUCUCCUUGUGGAAAAUGUGUGGAAUUUUUAAGCAACUGGGCCUCACAGAGCAGUUAUGAUAAAAUCUAUAUGCUAAAGACAUUAGCAACGGCCUGCCACUGGAGAGAGAGCUAUAUAUGAUGUCUAAUUUUACUAUAUUUAUUUAUAAAAGAGAUUGGUCUUUGUCACACCUAAAUGUGGUAGUUGUUUGAGUCAACUUCUAUCCCCCUUCCUCUUUUUUUCUCUGUUUUUAAAGAUGUCACUCUC